CCUCCCGUUCCCUUGGCAGACACCCCCUCACCCCCCCUUUCCCACCCACUAAGUAAGUGGUAGUUCGCUGAGUGGGCUUCAUUGCAAGAAGUCUCAUUCUUGGCACGGCGGACCCACCUGCAGAAGCAUUUCAAACAGGUAGAAGGCAGGAGCUGCUGCGCGCCGCCGGAGAGUUCAUGAUGAGUGAAAACAUAAUGGAGAAUGCAUUUUCACCUGCAAAGGAGAUCUUGCACAAUAUGAACAUAGCAAAAACGCCAUCCGCUUGGGGAACUACUGGGACCAUCAGGCCUUAUCAGAAUUUUCACCCUGAUCAUGAUGCAGCAGAAUUGUACAACAGCAUCAAGACUAAGGAUAAGAAUCCAAUUAUCAGGAUCCUCACCAAUCGAACAAGUGAGCAGAGGCAACAGAUCCUAAUGGUUUACAACUCUGCUGGUGUGGAGCUGGACUUGCUUGCAUCCUUGCGCAGUCUGCUGACUGGAAAUUUGGAGGAUCUAAUUCUAGCGCUCAUGAUGACUCCUGCACAGUUGGAUGCUCAAGAGCUUCGGAGUGCCAUGAAGGGGAUUGGCACAGAUGAAGACACGCUGAUUGAGAUCCUGUGCUUACGAAGCAGCAGUGAACUACAAGAGAUUGCAACUGCAUACAAGAAAGAAUUUAACAGAACUCUGGAGCAAGAUAUCACUGAUGACUCAAGUAAGGAUUUUCAGAAGCUGCUUCUGGCAUUGGUGCAGGUACUGACAAUACAGAUACAAUCUCCAGAAACCAUUUUUGAGCUCAUGAUGUGUUCAUUUAAACUCUCAAAGUUUAAGUCGAGAACCAAACCUUAACAUCCUAAAUCACAAAAACAAAUCUUUCUUGUCCGAUCGCUGGUUUAGGAGCCUUACAAAUGUUAGUCAUCAGGGGAAAUGUUUCAUGGAGUUGUCUCCUGAGUUUUUUCAGAGGAUAAGUGGGUAUAGAAAAUAAAUGGUUGGAUGGAUAGUUUGUAAUUUUAUUUGUGAUAUUCCAGUGUUAUUUACAGAAUACAUUUUUUUUUUAAAUGAGAGGCAGUUAUUUUUUUGCACUCUGCUUAAGAAUGUUUACUCUUUUUAAGGUAUUGUUUGCUCAAUAUUUGGAAGCAUUGUCUAUGUUUGAGAAAAUUAAAAAUGUCAUUUCAGUAGACCUUUUAUCAUGAAAAUGUAAGAUUAAGGCUCUUUGCCAGAGUUUGUAUUAUGAUAAAUAAAUAAAUCCAGCCUCUAUACACACUGCAUUCACACAAUACGUACAUUUGUGUGAUAGCACCUCACAUUAUUGUGAUUGUGUGAAUUUCUAGGUGAAAAUUAAAUCAUUAGAGUCCAGUCUCGGAGACUCUAUGUGGCUCCAGUUUUUUACUCCAGCUAGUUUCACAAUCAGGGAGUCAUUUUAGUUCUAACUGAUCUCAUAAUCUUAUUUCUUAGUCUGCAUUUAGAAAAGAGCAGUAUUGUGAGAUUUACAGUCUAAAGAAAUGUAAAAGUGUUUGCAUUAACUGUCUUUUGUACUUUUCUUAUAAAUGUAGCUUUUUCUGUUGUGUUUACUCCCUGUAUCGUGAUCCUAAUUUUGACAGUUAACAACAAUCAAUGUAGACAGAGGGGCAAGUGACAGUGAAAGCUGACAGGCCCAAUGCUAGAUAAUUUCAGAGCUGGUUUUAUUAUUAUAAUUUUAUUGGAACCUAGCGAACAUUAAUGUGUGUCGAAUAGAGAUACUUUUCUGUUUUUUAUCUAACCUUUAAGAUAUUCUUCUUCAACAUCAUGAUUUUCAGUUUGCUUUCACAUUGGUGCAGGUACGGACAACAUACAAUCUAGACAAACCAUUUUUGAGCUCAGGAUGUUGUAGCGGUCCGGCACCUGUAAGAUUCACACCGUCGGAGAGACGGUGAUUUAAUUUUUUUUAGUGGAGAUUCCAGGGAUGCACCCAGCCUUAGCCUGACCCUCACACAUUCACAAGCAGAGACAAAAAGCCACCAGUAAUAAAACAACAAAUAAAGAAUAUUAAUAAUAAAUGAAAACAACGAUCCCACCCUAGUUCUCCUUACGACGAAGUACAAUUAACAUGAAAACGAACCACAACAAUAAACACACACAGUAAAGUCCAUGAAAAAACUGCAACUGAUGUAAUGUAAAGAUAAAGGUAAAUUGUCCAGAGAUCCACACGUUGAAGGGGAAUGUAAAGAUAGUCCUACCGGUAGUUCUUAAAAUGGUAAAGACAGGUGGACCGUUCAGAAGCACUCCUUUCUUCACAGGAUGGCCAUAAAUCCACAUACAGUCCUCAUGUAACAGGCAUACAGUAGACAAUCCAGACUCCAACCCAGAAACAAUCCAGGACAAAAUGAGAAGGCACAGGUAUCACAAGGGAAGGUAGACAAACAGGAACUUUAGACACGAAACACAAAAUGCUUCUUUCUUUUUUUUUGGUAACCCUAGCCCCCUUUUAAAUGUUACGCGGGUCUCCUUGUACCCAACAGCUCCUGCACCCUCAGCAGAUGACCAAUCGGAGCCACUGCAGGAACUGCUAGGAGUUGAAGUUUCAAGCACCGCUACAACGUGCCAAUUUAAAAUUUCAAA